CAGGUAGAAAGAAGUCUCGCGCUUUCGAUUCCGAGACGAGAUUGCUCCUUUACUUCGUCGCGUUUCAGAUUAACCUCCUCGUCGUCGUUUCCAGGUUCGAUUCCCCCCCCCACCCAUCUUAACAUUUUCUGCUCCACGUUUGAUUCGACGCCGCCGAACUUAUUCGUUUCCCUCUCUCUCUCUCCCUUAUCGGCGAUUCCACUCCCGCAACCCUAAUUUCUUCCCACGCAGGGCAAAGUUCGUCAAUCAAAGCUCCCUCUCCUAGCCUCUCGUUUGAUAUCGUUGAGCUACGAGAUAGUAUAAUCUUCUUUUGGCUGGGCCCUGCGUUGUGAAGCUACAGAGGAAGAUGUUUGGAUCAUCUAAUCCUUUUGGACAGUCAUCUGGUACUGGUAGCAGCCCGUUUGGGACCCAAUCGUUGUUUGGUCAGACCAGCAACACAAGCAGUAAUAAUCCCUUUGCUCCAGCUCCAGCUACACCGUUUGGAACAUCUUCACCUUUUGGUGCACAGACUGGGAGUUCAAUCUUUGGUGGCACUUCAACCGGUGUGUUUGGUGCACCUCAAGCCUCCUCUCCGUUCGGCUCUACCACAACUUUUGGAGCUUCUUCAUCUCCAGCAUUUGGGAGUUCUACUCCGGCCUUUGGAGCAUCCCCAGCACCUUCACCUUUUGGUGGGUCUUCUGGUUUUGGGCAGGGAUUUUCAACGCCUCAGUCAAAUCCUUUUGGAAGCACAGCGCAGCAAUCUCAACCUGCAUUUGGAAACAGCACUUUUGGUUCAUCCACACCUUUUGGUGCCACGAGCACGCCUGCCUUCGGUGCAUCAAGCACGCCUUCCUUCGGCGCUACAAGCACACCCUCAUUUGGUGCAUCGAGCACGCCUGCCUUUGGUGCCACAAGCACGCCUGCCUUCGGCACCUCUAACCAGCCUUCAUUUGGCGCCACAAACACACCUGCAUUUGGAGCUUCACCGACUCCAGCCUUUGGUAGCACUGGCAACACGUUUGGGAACACUGGCUUUGGUUCUGGAGGUGCUUUUGGAGCUUCUAGCACCCCCGCUUUUGGUGCAUCAAGCACACCUGCUUUUGGUGCAUCAAGCACUCCUGCUUUUGGUGCAGCAGGCGCUCCUUCCUUUGGUGCAUCAAGUACUCCUGCCUUUGGUGCAUCAAGUUCUCCUGCCUUUGGAGCAUCCAGUACUCCUACUUUUGGUGCAUCAAAUACCUCAUCGUUCAGUUUUGGAUCCUCCCCAGCUUUUGGCCAGUCCACAGCAGCGUUUGGCAGCACCGCAUUUGGCUCUACACCAUCUCCCUUUGGAGCCCAAGGUGCGCAGGCUUCAACCCCAACAUUUGGUAGUUCUGGUUUUGGUCAAUCACCUUUCGGUGGUGGUCAACAACAAGGGGGCAGUCGAGCCGUGCCUUAUGCACCGACAGUUGAGGCAGAUACAGCCAGUGGUACGCCUGCUGGAAAGUUGGAAUCUAUUUCUGCCAUGCCGGCAUACAAAGAUAAAAGCCAUGAGGAGCUAAGGUGGGAAGACUACCAGCGGGGAGAUAAAGGUGGACCACGUCCUACCGGUCAGUCUCCUGGAAAUACCGGAUUUGGUAUAUCAGCUGCUCAGCCAAAUCCUUUUGCUCCAUCACCGGCGUUUGGUCAGACACCAGCAAAUCCAACAAACCCCUUUUCGAGCUCAACAUCUACCAACCCCUUUGCCCCUCAAACCCCAGCAAUUGCCAGUUCGGGUUUUGGAGCGGCUACUUCAACUUUUGGUUCCUCGCCCUUUGGUGUAACAUCUUCAUCCAAUCUUUUUGGGUCAACCCCAGCAGCUACCACAUCCGUUUUUGGAUCAUCCUCCGCUUUUGGAACGACGACAUCAUCACCGUUAUUUGGUUCGUCAAGCACUCCUGGAUUUGGCUCUUCUCCAUCAAUAUUUGGUUCAGCUUCAGGUCAGGGGGCAACUUCAGCAUUUGGAAACACUCAGUCAGCUAGUCUGUUUAGCUCAAACCCCUCGAUGCCGACUGGUUCUGCAUUUGGGCAGACUGGUUCUGCAUUUGGGCAGACUGGUUCUGCAUUUGGACAGUUCGGACAGAGUAGUGCUCCUGCAUUCGGCCAAACUAACAUGUUCAAUAAGCCUUCUACUGGGUUUGGCAACAUGUUUUCAAGUUCUUCAACACUAACCACGUCUAGCAGCUCUCCAUUUGGACAAACAACGCCUGCUGGUAUGACACCUUUUCAAUCAUCUCAGCCAGGCCAAGCGUCAAAUGGUUUUGGUUUCAACAACUUCGGCCAAACACCAGCAGCUAAUGCAACUGGGACUGCUGGUGGAAUGGGAUUUUUUGGUCAAGGCAACUUCGGACAAACGCCUGCUCCGCCAAGCUCUGUUGUUUUGCAACCGGUUGCUGUUACAAAUCCAUUUGGAACACUUCCUGCUAUGCCUCAGAUUUCAAUAAAUCAAAGUGGAAACUCAGCUUCGAUUCAAUAUGGAAUCUCCAGUUUGCCUGUUGUUGACAAACCUGUUUCUGUUAGAGUAUCAUCUCUCCUGACUUCUCGACACCUUUUACAAAGGCGGGUGAGAUUGCCAGCGAGAAAGUACCGUCCUGACGACAAUGGUCCUAAGGUUCCAUUUUUCACUGAUGACGAGGAGACCCCCUCAAGUACACCAAAGGCGGAUGCUCUUUUCAUUCCAAGGGAGAACCCUCGAGCUCUAGUUAUACGCCCAGCUCAACAGUGGUCUUCAAGGGGCAAAUCAACAAUUCCAAAGGAGCGUCCGACUGCUCCAGUACAUGAAAAUGGGAAGAGUUCAGACAUAGCUACUGAUGCCGCAAACCAUGACAAAAAUGGUAAAAGAGAAAUUGGUUCUACUGAAGAAAGCACUCAUCCAUCAGCCAACGGAAAUCAGAAAUCAAACGGCACAACAAGCACAGAUCAUGCUGUGGAGAAAGAUCGUCCCUACAGAACACUAGGCGGAAACAGAGCCGGGGAAGCCGCAACAGAUAUCGAGGCGCUAAUGCCAAAGCUGCGUCAAUCCGAUUAUUUCACCGAGCCACGAAUCCCAGAACUAGCGGCUAAAGAAAGAGCAGAUCCUGGUUAUUGCAGUCGAGUUAAAGACUUCGUGGUGGGACGCCACGGUUAUGGGAGCAUAAAGUUCAUGGGAGAGACGGAUGUUCGUAGACUCGACUUGGAAUCUCUGGUUCAGUUCAACAACCGGGAAGUGAUUGUCUACCUAGACGAGAGCAAGAAACCGGCGGUUGGGGAAGGGCUGAACAAACCGGCUGAGGUAACACUGCUGAAUAUAAAAUGUGUUGAUAAGAAGACAGGGAAGCAGUUUACUGAAGGAGAGAGAGUUGAUAAGUAUAAGAUGAUGCUUAAGAGGAAAGCUGAGGCACAAGGAGCCGAGUUUGUGUCGUUUGAUCCCGUUAAAGGCGAGUGGAAGUUCCGCGUCGAUCAUUUUAGUUCCUAUAAGCUCGACGAGGAAGAUGAUGAUGAGGCUUAGUGUCUCAUCUCAGUGUUGGUUGUACGUUUUCUAUACCUUUGUUUUCUUACAACUUUUGUUUUCUCCUUAUAACCUUCUCUUGUUUUGAAAUUGUGUAUGGUAUCUGUUACUAUAUGUGAACGGUUUUUGUUUGUUUUGUUUUUGUUAUCUGCUACGUAUUCACAUAGCUUGUUAAUCUACCGUUAGAGUGGUCAUUGCUCAUUAAUAUAUUUUCAUUUUACAUA